UCCUAUUUACCCAAGUUAGAGAUAGGGGCCUGCGGAAACAUGAAGAGGGUAAAUAGCUGUGUGAAGGACGAAGAACAUGUCCUGGAGGAACUGGAAACAGAAGGUGAGAGGCAGCUGAAGAGCCUCCUUCAACAUCAACUUGAUACCUCUGUCUCCAUUGAAGAAUGUGUCUCUAAGAAAAAGAGCUUUGCCCCUGGGACUAUGUACAAGCCCUUUGGGAAGGAAGUAGCUGGGACAAUGACUUUGUCCCAGUUCCAGACACUACAUGAAAAAGACCAGGAAACUGCUUCUCUCAGGGAACUAGGGCUCAAUGAAACUGAAAUAUUAAUCUGGAAAAGCCAUGUUUCCGGUGAAAAGAGGACAAAGCUGGGGGCAACUCCUGAAGCAAUACAGAAACGGCUUGAAGAUAUUAAAGAAAGAAUCUCAGAGCGCCAGCGCAUCCUUUGCCUGCCACAGAGAUUUUCAAAGAGCAAACAGCUGACCCGAAGAGAAAUGGAAAUUGAAAAGUCUUUAUUUCAGGGAACUGACCGUCACUCCUUCCUUAAAGCUCUUUAUUACCAAGAUGAACCCCCAAAGAAGAACAAAGGUGAUCCCAUGAACAACCUGGAAAAUUUUUACCACGAGACUAUAAUGAAAAAACGUCUUGAAGAGUUCCAACUUUUGAGAGGUGAACCCUUUGCUUCCCACUCACUGGUCUCAGCUGCAUCAGUGAGUGGUAGUGGCACAGCUGAGAACCCAUCACUCCUCCAGGACAAGGGAAAACAGGCAGCACAGGGUAAAGGCCCCAGUCUCCAUGUGGCAAAAGUUAUUGAUUUUCCACCUGAGCAAUGUUGGACUGGGCCUAAGAAGCUGAAGCAACCAAUAGAAUUUAUCCCAGAAGAUGAGAUCCAGAGAAAUCGUUUGUCAGAGGAGGAGAUCCGAAACAUUCCCAAGUUUUCUUCAUAUAAUCCAGGGGAACCAAACAAGGUGCUAUAUCUGAAGAACCUUAGUCCUCGGGUGAAAGAAAGAGACCUUAUCUCAUUAUUCGCUCGAUUCCAGGAGAAAAAAGGACCACCCAUUCAGUUCCAAAUGAUGACUGGACGCAUGAGGGGACAGGCUUUCAUCACCUUUCCCAAUAAAGACAUAGCAUGGCAAGCACUGCACCAAAUUAAUGGAUAUAAACUCUACGGGAAAAUAUUGGUCAUAGAGUUUUCAAAGAGCAAAAAGCAAAAGUCAGCUGUUCGGCGGGCUUCCCUUACACCAUCUGCUACAGAUGGCAGAGCAGAAAGCAGUGGCAGCUAGAAACCUCUCUCCGCACACAUGUACAUGCACAUUGGGAUAUAUGUAUGUAUGUAUGUAUGUAUGUAUGUAAAUACAUGUUCAGAUGACUUUUCUUUUAUCAUAUCUUAGAUCAAGAAUAUGUAUAUUCAUAGAAAUUUGUUGAAAACUAAAGAGGAAAUAUAAGAAAGACAGAAGUUAGGACAAUGGCUCUCAGCAUUUGGAGAGAAUUGAUAAAAGUAUUUUCUAUGAUUAAAUACUGUAUAGUAUUGAAAAAGAUUAUAUAAAAUUGAUAAUGUCCUGAGUGUUAAAGAUAAUAACGAAAUACUAUUUAUGGCAGGUAAUACCCUGAGGGUUAAGAUCUUGUGAAAACCUUUAAUUCUCAGGAUAUAUUGCAUAGGACUGUUACAUCCAAAAAUUCUUUAAUAAUUUUGUAAUCUUCAGUGUUUAGUCCUAGAGACAAUACACAUUAAACAUGGAGUAUUUGCCUAAUGUAUGAAUUUCAAGAGGAAUGAACUUGCAUCUAUACUAAAGGGACAAGGAAAGAAAGUUCCUUAGAGAAAAGGCUGCCUGCCUCAAAUCUCCUAGUGAUUCAUUUACAAUUGUUGAAGAAUAGGAACCUAAUAUGGUUCACACAGUAGAACCAGCUUUGGAGUCAGACCUGUGACCCUCAAAGUCACCCAUGUUUACCACCCUGAGCUUAGAAAGACACUUAAUCUGAGCCUCACUUAUCUCAUCCAUAAACAGUAACAUUGCUUCAUACCUUCCUGAGUAAGGGUUAAAUCAGAUUAUAUUAUCCAAGGUAAGGAACAAGGUGAAAAAAAAUGAAGGAACUGUAGGGAACUCCACUAAGUACAUCCAACAAUUUAUAAUAAGAAUUCCAUUCAGAAAGGGAGAGAGAAGCAUAAAAAUCCUGCAAAAGGUUGAGUAAAAUGGCUCAGUGAGUAAAGGCAUUUGCCGCCAAACAGAAAGACCUGAGUUCAAACCCUAGGACCUGCCAAUAACAGGACUAAAAGCUAGGAAAUAAUGCUAUAGUUUCUUUAACAAUACCGGAAAUCCAUAGGAACAGAUAAAACAAAAGGAAAUAAGGUGGCUAAAUUUUACAAGGCUGUAAACCUAAUUCAGCUUCCUAGAAGUAACAAACAGAAUUCUAUUGGUCAUUCCACUGUACUGUUAGCCCUGGAAUGUGUAGGAAGAGUCUGCAUGGCUGUCAGACUCCAAAGCAUGAGGAAAAGCAAACAAAAAUACGAGAGAUAAAGAUCUACUUUGUGUUUACAGGGUCAAGAUGUAAGAAUUUUAAUCACAUAUUUUCAUAACUACAGAGCCCUCAGAUAAUCUAAAACAAGGUAGCAAAGUAAAGAAUGAAAGGAGAAACUGUGGAUCCUCAGUGUUUCCUUCCUAAUACAAGUAGUGCUACACAGCUGAUAACCAAUGAAGUAGCCAGCUUCAACACUGGACCCUAGAUACAUCUGAAAGACAGCUAUAGAGUAUUGCUACACACACACACACACACACACAUAUAAUUUUAUUUAUUUAUUUAUUUUGUUUUGUUUUUCGAGACAGGGUUUCUCGGUGUAGCCCUGGCUGUCCUGGAACUCACUCUGUAGACCAGGCUGGCAUCAAACUCAGAAAUUCACCUACAUCUGCCUCUCAAGUGCUGGGAUUAAAGACGUGCGCCACCACUGCCCAGCUAGAAUAUAUAUUUUUAUCCCAUUGUAUAUGAAACAUCUUUAGGCUAGAUCAUGAGCUGAACCACAAAACAGGCCUUAAUAAAUACAAAUAGACUAAAGUAAUGUCAAACAUGUCCUCUUCCACAUGGAAGCAGGUUACAAAUCAGUAACAGUAAUUGGGAAACUCACAAAUAUGUGAAAAUUAGUGAUACCUAAAUACCAAGUACUUCAAUAAAAAAGCAGAGAAGCUAGAGAAAUGGCUCAGUGCAUAAGAAUACUUAGUGCUCUUGCAGAGGAGCACUAACUAACUCUUGCUGAGUUUGAUCUGCAGCAUCCACACUGGGUGGUUUCUAGCUACCUCUGUCUAUAUGGGACAUGAUUAGAGAUAAGGCUCUUAAAUGAGAAGAAAAAUCGUAGAACAGUAAUUCAGUUUAUAUUUUAUGCCAUAGGAAAAUAAUAGCAAACUACACCUAGAACAAACAAAAAAAUGGGAAUAUAUGCAAGAUGCAUGGGGGUAGAGUACAAGAGAGAAAAUCAAUGAAUUCAAGCAAGAAACUGGCAAACCUUUGCUCCAUGUAGCAGAAAAGGGUAGACUGUAAUCAGUACUUUGAGAAAUAAAGGAGGUAAUGUGGCUACUGACCUUUGAAAGCUAAAAGGUGCACCAGGAAAUACUAUUAUGCUCAUGUGUCAAUAAAUUCACCUACUAAAAGUGAACAAGAACCAAAUAUAGGAAGCCAGAAUAGACCUAAUAACAAAUAGGUUAAAUAAGUAACAAGACAGAUAAGCCACAACAAUACCCAUACUUAAGUUGCUUUUGAUUUGAAUUCUAGAAUUCUACUAAAUGUUUAAUAAAACAGUAAUCCAAUUACUCUACAAACUGUUUAUUAAAAAAUAGGGAAUCUGAGAUAUAGUAGUAACACAUGGGAGAACCCUGAUAGUAUGUUCAGGGACAGAAACCAGUUACUGAUGAUAACAAAUUGUACAAUUCCACAUAUAUGUCGAAUACAGUGUUGGUUUAAAAAUUACAUAUAUAUAUAGUGGUAAAUGAUAGGCAGGAAAAACUACAGUGCAUAAGACUUCUUGGCAAGUGGAUAAAAAUGUUCAUAAAUUGCAUCAGUGUUUGUAUAAUUAUGAAUAUACCAAGUGGAUGAAUGUUGUGGUAUGUGAAUUAAAUCUCAGUGAAACUCAAAAACAUAGGAACUUGGACAUUAUCCAAAUGUCCACCUGUCAACAUGAGUGACUUCUAACUUAGGGCACAUCCAUUCAGUAGGGUAUUAUGAAGCCAUUAAAACAGUAGACUAGAUCUAUGAAUAUAUUAUUACCUGUACUCAUAUCCAAGAUUUUAUAUUAAGUUAUAAAAGAAAUACAUGUAUGUAUGUAUGUAUAAGAUGUAUGUAACACAUUUUUAAGGAAAUAGUUCAUGUGUAUAGUUUGUAGAGAUAAUUUCAAACAAAUAUAGGAAUGAAAUAAGAAAUGUAUAUAACAGGCUAUAAACCUGCAAGUGGCUCUCUGUACACGCUGAAAAAACACCUCCACCUUGUAAACAUUUUUAGGUGGUAUGAUUUGGAGUGAUUUUUACCUUUUUCACUAGUUUUUAAUUAAAGCAAUUUUUAACUAUUCUUACAAACACUUGGCUUCCAAAAUACUCGUCAGACCUACUCUGAGGAUUUCUGACUUUACUCAGGACAAACUUCGAUUCAUUUGCUCUAUUGCUGACAUAAAUAAUGCUCCAAUUUUUCAUAACAUUUAAGGGAUGGGAAGUGAAGGAUCCAUCCUGGUUACAGCUUCUUGCACAUGUUAUCCUGGGAUACACUUCUCAGCCAGGUUUCCAAGAAGGGACUGCUUCCUCUCAGGUGGGAAACCUUACCUCCUCCUUACUAGACCUGCAGAUCACUUAAAAUGGAGAAAAUUUACUAGAGGAUACCUUUCAACUGGUGCAGAGAUAUAGAAACUGGUGUAUCCAGACAACAAAAUUCUACUCAGCAAUAAAAAACAAAGGAACAAUAUAUGCAACAACUUGGAUAAAUCUUAAAUGUAUUUUGCUAAGUAGAAGAAGGCAGACUCAAACGGCUGCUUACUGUUAUAUUUCAUUUGUGUGUUUUCUGGAAAGGGUGAAGCAAUAAGGCAGAAAAAGCAGUAGAUACCAGUAUUUGCACAAAGGGAUUUCUUUUUAAUAAUAGGAACUUUCUGUGUAUUAUUUAUAGUUACAAUGUGUAUGUGUUUGUUAAAACUCAGAGAAUUUACACCAAAAGAAUGAAUUUUAAUGUGUGAAUUUUUUAAA